CUGAAUAAUCACAUUGAAUUCUCCACAAAAUGUCAACAAGAUGACAAUUUUUAGUGUGUACAUAAUUAACAAGGCUGGCGGGUUGAUCUACCAGCAUGAGCACAGUGUCUCCCGCCCAGAAUUUGAGAAGACGUUUAGCUUUCCUUUGGAAAUCACUUUGAAAGUGUUUGAUGAAAAAAUUGUGGUUGCUUUUGGUGAAAGAGAUGGUAUCAAAGUGGGCAACACACUAAUCGCGAUUAACGGCAUUCCUACAGACGGUAGACUAUGGGACGGGCGUGACAUCACAGACCUUCUGCAGCACGAGGAGAACUAUCCAAUCAACCUCAAGUUUGGUAGACCAAAACUGACCACCAAUGAGAAAAUCAUGCUUGCCAGCAUGUUCCAUUCACUGUUUGCUAUUGGUUCCCAGCUCUCCCCAGAGGCGAGAAGUUCCGGUAUUGAGAUGCUGGAGACCGACGUCUUCAAACUGCACUGCAUGCAGACCAUGACCGGGUUAAAAUUUAUUGUGAUAGCUGAUCCGAAACAAGCAGCUGUGGAUAUCUUACUGAAGAAGAUCUAUGAGACUUACGCCGACUUUGCCCUCAAAAAUCCCUUUUACUCACUGGACAUGCCUAUCAGAUGUGAUCUGUUUGAUACCAACCUCCAGGGAGCUCUGGAACAAGCAGAGAGAUUGGGAAUCAGUAAUGUGUAGAAAAAUGGGAGCAAGCCAUGAGCGUUUUGUGAUUCAGGGCUUUGGAAAGAAGCUGAGAAAGUUGGAAUUACAAUGCAGUAAUGUGCAGAUAACUUUAGUAAAAAAAAUAUAAAUAUUAUCACAAGACGGUAAAUGUUUCUUAAAUUAUUCUAGUGUAAUAAAUUUUGACAUUGACCACAUUUUGUCCUACUCAUUAAGCGUCAAAACUUUUCUGAAAAAUGAAUAAAAAUAUUUUGAGACGAAUAUUUCAUGUGAUGAAAAGAAUAUUACACUUGGUGCCAUUUAUUACAAAAUCAAUUGAAUCAUCAAGGCCCAUAUUUGCCAACGUCUUGAUAAUGAUAAGUUAAUGAUCUUAAUGAAAACAAAUGCUUAAGAGAAUGUGCUGCAAGGGUUUUCUUGGGACCAAUUUUUCAUAUGUUUGCUGAGCCUAACAAAUUUAAGAUUCUAGAAAUUCAAGUGUAUGUUUCCUGUAGUAAAAGUGUACCGGCUAUGUAAGUUCCUUUUAAGUUUGAGAUAUGCUGUUCUCUUAUGAAUGCAGCAUUUAAUCAUGAAAGUAUCAGUACCUGUUUUAGUCAUAGCUGUAUUAAGAUCCAUUGUGCUGUGACUUGAUUCAAAGAAAUGCCUUUGAUUCAUAAAUGAAUAAACUUUUCCUAUGUAUUGUGCAAUAUGUGAAGUACUUUUUUAUGUACAAUAAAAGUAAAGAAUGUU